AUGAAGCAGAGAUUCUCGUCGCUAGAUGUCAAGGUCAUUGUCCAGGAGCUGGCCGCGGAGCUCGUCAAUCUCCGCGUGUCCAAUAUCUACGACCUCUCCUCGCGCAUUUUCCUCUUCAAGCUCUCCAAGCCCGAUCACCGGCGCCAAUUGAUCGUCGACUCGGGCUUUCGCACCCACGUUACUCACUACUCCCGCACCGCCGCCUCCGCUCCCUCGCCCUUUGUGACUCGCCUGCGCAAGUAUCUCAAGUCGCGCCGGGUGACAAGUAUCACACAGAUCGGAACGGACCGUGUCAUUGAUAUCUCCUUUAGCGAUGGCACAUACCAUCUUUUCCUUGAAUUCUUCGCUGGCGGCAACAUUAUCCUCACGGACCGCGACCACACCAUCAUCGCAUUGUUCCGUCAAGUCUCAGCGGCAGAGGGCGAAGAGGCCAAGCUGGGGUUGACCUACACGACCACGAACAAGCAGAACUAUGAGGGUGUGCCAGAGAUCACCGAUGACCGAGUCAAGCAGACGAUUGAAAAAGCCCAAGCAUCAUUCGCCAAGGAAGACGGCGCUGCAAAGAAGACAAAGAAGAAGAACACGGAUGUGUUGAGAAAAGCGUUCUCCCAGGGCUUCCCUGAAUACCCGCCUUUACUUCUAGACCACGCCUUUGCAGUGAAGGGGUACGAUCCAGCCACGCCGCUGGACGAGGUUCUGGCAGAUCCAGGUGCCCUUCAGAAAGCGAAAGAAGUGCUCGAAGAAGCUCAACGAGUCUCUCGGAGUUUCGAUACGGGCGAGAGUCACCGUGGCUAUAUUGUUGCAAAGGAGGACAAACGGGCCUCUGCCGAGGGUGAGAAUGCAUCUCAGGCCGCGGGGCUUUUGUACGAGGAUUUCCACCCGUUCCGACCUCGACAGUUUGAAGGGAAACCCGGAAUUACGAUCCUGGAAUUCGACAAAUUCAACGCCACCGUGGACGAGUAUUUCUCAUCUCUGGAAUCGCAGCGUCUGGAGUCCAAGCUCACCGAGAAAGAAGAGGCGGCUAGGCGCAAACUGGAAUCCGUUCGGGAAGAGCACCGGAAACGCAUUGACGCACUCAAGACCGCACAAGAGCUCCACGUCCGAAAGGCCAAUGCGAUUCAAGAUAACAUGUACCGAGUCCAGGAAGCGAUGGAUGCAGUGAACGGUCUUGUUGCACAGGGAAUGGACUGGGGUGAGAUCGCACGGCUGAUUGAGAUGGAACAGGGUCGAGGAAAUCCCGUGGCACAAGUGAUCAAGCUUCCUCUGAAGCUCUACGAGAACACCAUCACCCUGCUACUAGCUGAGGCUGGUGACGAGGAUGAGGACGAGGAUGAAGAGGAACUCGCCUCCAGUGAUGAAUCUGAGUCCGACUCGGAGAGCGAGGCGCGGGACGAGCAGCGCCGUGCCGAUGCUUCGUCGAAACUCCUGACCAUCGAUAUUGACCUGGGACUGUCGCCGUGGGCAAAUGCUUCACAGUAUUUCGAUCAGAAGAAGCAAGCCUCUGAGAAGCAGCAACGCACGGCUCAAUCGUCGACGAAAGCGUUGAAGAGCCAUGAGAAGAAGGUGACUGCGGAUCUCAAGAAGAGUUUAAAGCAGGAGAAGCAAGUCUUGCGUCAGGCUCGCGAACCGUUUUGGUUUGAGAAAUUUGUCUUUUUUAUCUCCUCCGAAGGUUACUUGGUCAUCGGCGCCCGAGAUGCGAUGCAGAGCGAGCUACUCUAUCGCCGCUACCUGCUCAAAGGUGACAUCUUCAUCCAUGCCGACCUUGACGGCGCACUUCCCUUUGUGGUGAAAAAUCGCCCUGGAAAGUCUGAUACUCCCAUCUCUCCCAGUACGCUUUCUCAAGCCGGAAACAUGUGUGUCGCGUCAUCGACCGCAUGGGAGUCCAAGGCUGUCAUGUCCGCAUGGUGGGUGCAUGCCAACCAAGUCACCAAGACUUCACAGGCGGGAGGUGGGCUGCUCCCUACGGGCCAAUUUGAGGUCAAGGGAGAGAAGAAUUUCCUUGCUCCAUCGCAAUUGGUGUUGGGCUUUGCCGUCUUGUGGCAAAUCAGUCCGGAGAGUGUGAAAAACCACAAGCAGCUAUUCGACACGGAUGACGAAGUGACUGCAGGUCUAUUGACAGAGAACAACGACACGCUUGAGCCGAAGCGGGAGCCCACCGAAUUGCCUGAGCAAAAGACCGACGAGAACAUCGCGACAGAGCAGGUUGACCCACCUCAACACGGCGAUGAUUUGUCUGCCAAUGAAGAGGCGGGUGGGCACGAAGAGGACGAUCAAACUCCAGCGCGCAACCCUCUCCAAACCGGAGACUCUGAAAUCCGUGCUGACGCCGGUCCACAGUCGCCUGAUACCGAUGCCGAGUCUGAAUCUGAAUCUGAAUCAGAGGACCCAGAGGAGAUGGUCGAGAAUGCCGAGCAAGAUGCGGAAUCCGUCCAACCCGAUACGGCCGAGAAAGGUGCCUCAGAGCUGACGACAGCGACAGCCGAGCAAAACUCGUCACCUGACGAGCGAAAACAACUCAAUGCUCGUGAACGCCGUAACUUGCGCCAAGGAAAGCCCGUUGAACGUCUGGCGAGCGAGGAGCCCAACGCACCGCGAAUCCCACCCACCCGCGGCAAGAGAGCCAAGGAGAAGCGAGCGGCCGCCAAGUAUGCCCACCAAGACGACGAGGAGCGGGAACUCGCCCUCCGCCUCCUCGGUGCCAACAAGGGCAAAGUGGCCAAGGCUGCCCAGGCUGCGGAAGCAAAGGAGCAGCGUGAACGUGAAGCCGAAGCGCACAAAGCUCGUCGUCGUGCGCAGCAUGAACGUGCCGCAGAAGCCGAGCGCAAGCGUCAGGCCGCCUUUGAAGAAGGUGGUGACGAUUACAACGAAGAAGUUGCCGCGGCCGAGGCUGCAGCACUUCGCUGGCUCCCUGCGCUGGUGGGUAACCCAUCCCCCGACGAUGAGAUCUUGGCUGCGAUUCCCGUGUGCGCGCCAUGGGCCUCCUUGGGACGGUACAAGUACAAGGUCAAGCUCCAACCCGGUACUGUGAAGAAGGGCAAAGCAGUGAAGGAGAUUGUGGGGCGGUGGGUGUCGGAGACCACCGUUGGUAAAGUGAAGAAGGAGUACGCCGAGGACCUGGGAAUCUCGCGGGUGGAUGCGGAAAGGAUGAGAGAACGGGAGGGAGAGUUGAUCAAGGGCUGGAAGGACACCGAAAUCAUCAACACCAUGACGGUGGGCAAGGUUCGAAUCAUGACAGCCGGCAGCACCAGUGGAGGCGGCGGUGAUAAAGGGAAGAGUGGUGGGAAAGGUGGAAAGGGCGGAGGUGGCGGCGGACGAGGAGGCAGAGGAGGGAAGAGAAAGUAG